AUCCCUUCGAUGACAACGGACGACACCAGAGAACCAAAAACCCUACUAAAACCCCAAACCCCUUUAUGCUCCCCCAGUCUCCUUUCCCUUCAAAAUUAGGGUUAGGGUUUUCAAUUCUCACCACCAAUCAAACAAUGGCGGGGCGGGUCAGCUCCUCCCCCUUCGCAUCCUCACCUCAUCCAAGAUCCUCCGCGGUACCUUCGCCUUCCGCAUCAAAACCCUAACUUUCUCUACAAAUCCUUCAUUAAGUUUCUCUUCUGUUAAGGUUUCCAGUGCCCGGAGAUUCUCGAGUCGAGCGCCGAGGCCUCGUGACGGAGGGCGGUCUGGGUUCCGAUCGGAACGGGCGGCCGCCGGCGGUGGGCAGGGGAAGAGCUUGAUUGAGGACGAGGCUGAGCUUAGUGAUUGGGUCAGCGAUUUGAAGACUGAUUCUUUUAAGUUGGGGUUGAGUGGGAGCGAUAAUGAGGAGGCUGAUCGGGAUCGCAGGAGGAGUGGGAGGAGAAACGAGAGGGGUGAUGGAAUUAGGGGUAGGGAUUUAGAUGGGUUUUCGAGUCAAAGGGGACCGAAAGGUUCGGUUGGGUUCUCGGAAAGGAAUUCUGGUGGUUCUAUGCCGAGGAGGCGGUUCGAUAGCGAUUUUGAUGGAGGAGAUAGGAGGGGUUCGAGGGGAUCGAAUGGAUUGAGAAACAAUCGGAGUUCUGAAGGGUUUUCAGAGAGAAAGACGAGAGGUUCUCAACCAAAGAGGAGGUUUGUUAGUGAUUUGGAAGAUGAGGAUGAAGAGGAAGAAGAGGAGGAAAAGGAACAGUUUUUAUCUGGACAGAGUAGAGGGCGUGGGUCGUCUUCGAGUUUCUCUAAGAGAGGAGGUAGAAAUACUGAGUCUAGUUAUAAGCAAGGCCGAAAAUCAAUUAGAGCAAUGUCAGAGGAUGAGGAUGAUGACGAUGAUGAUGAUGUGUAUGGUUCUGAUGACGAUUUCUUUGGUGACAAGGUGGAUGGAAAAAAGUUGGGUAUGAAGGAUUCGUUCUUGAAGAGUGAUACUUCUGCUGAAUUAGGGAAUGCAAAUAGUGAAAAACAAGUGUCGAGAAGCUCUGGUGGUGACCAGGAUUCUUACCUGAGCAAUACAAGGUUUGAUCAAUGUUCUAUAUCCUCUUUGACUUUGAAAGGAGUAAAAGCAGCUGGAUAUGAGAGGAUGACUUUAGUGCAAGAAGCUACCCUCCCAGUCAUCCUUAAGGGUAAAGAUGUUCUUGCAAAAGCAAGGACAGGAACGGGGAAAACCGUAGCAUUUUUGCUCCCGGCAAUAGAGAUCGUCUCAAAAUUACCGCCCAUUAACCGUGAUCAAAAGAGGCCUUCAAUCAAUGUGCUUGUUAUUUGCCCAACUCGUGAACUUGCAGAUCAAGCUGGUGCAGAGGCAAACACCCUUUUGAAGUUUCAUCCCUCUAUCGGUGUACAAGUUGUUAUAGGUGGCACAAGACUGGCAUUGGAACAAAAGCGCAUGCAAGCUAACCCUUGCCAGAUUCUUGUUGCCACGCCUGGAAGGCUUAGAGAUCAUAUCGAGAACACACCAGGAUUUGCAACUCGGCUAAUGGGUGUGAAAGUCCUUGUUCUUGAUGAAGCUGAUCGUUUAUUAGAUAUGGGAUUCCGGAAAGAUAUUGAAAAAGUUGUUGCUGCUGUUCCAAAACAGCGUCAAACACUCCUUUUCUCUGCUACAGUUCCAGAUGAGGUCCGCCAAAUUUGUUAUAUUGCCAUGAAAAGAGACCAUGAGUUUGUUAACACAGUUGAAGAAGGUAGUGAAGAGACACACUCGCAGGUUAGACAAAUGCAUUUAAUUGCACCACUAGAGAAGCAACUUCCAAUAUUAUAUAGUCUUUUAACAGACCACAUAGCAGAGGACGUUGAGUACAAGGUGAUUGUGUUCUGUACAACUGCAAUGGUGACGAAACUUGUUGCUGACUUUUUGUCAGAGCUGAGAUUGAAUGUAAGAGAAAUACAUUCUAGAAAGCCUCAAAGUUACAGAACCAUAUAUAUAUAUAUAUAUAUGUUUUUUAAUUAAGUUGCAUAUAUGCGGUAGCUUCAACAUAUUACUAACAAUAAAUUUAAUCAUCCUGUGGGUUACCUUUUGAAUACUUGUUUAUUUGUAUCACAGGUUGGUGUGCCUUCAGACAGAGAACAAUAUAUACAUCGACUUGGUAGGACUGGCAGAAAAGGUAAGGAAGGAAAAGGUAUAUUGCUGCUGGCACCAUGGGAAGAGUUCUUCUUGUCCACCAUCAAGGAUUUACCUUUGACAAAGGCUCCAGCACCCCUAGUUGACCCUGACACCAUAAAAAAGGUUGAUCGGGCACUUGCACAUGUGGAGAUGAAGAACAAAGAGUCGGCAUAUCAAGCAUGGCUUGGUUACUACAAUUCGAACAAGAUGAUUGGACGAGACAAGUAUAAGCUUGUACUUCUAGCAAGUGAGUUCAGUCGAAGCAUGGGGCUCGAGAAUCCUCCUGCCAUUGCCAAGCUUGUUCUUAGAAAGAUGGGGCUCAACAAUGUCCCAGGUUUGAGAGCAAAGUAGGCUAGCGGGGUCGAAGAAGUUGGAACACCUUAACAUUUGCAAGAAACGGUGGGUUCUGCUUUUGGAGGCAUUUUGAUUCACUGUAUAUUAACUGUACCACUGGUUUUUAAUCAGUUCCUUGUUCAAGUCCAGUGAGUUGUAAGGACUUGGUGGAUGGGGACUGGAUGCCAAGUGCUAUAGUCGAUUGCUCAAUGUAACCAAAAUGUUUUUCUUUUUUAACUUUGUGAGGAUCAAAAUUAAACAAGUAUUAUAUUUAUUUCUUGCUUUUUUUUUCAGCA